ACACUAGUGCAAUACUAGUUUGCAAAGGUAUUUCGUACUUGCAAACCGCCCUGUGCAAGCGCCUUCGAUCCGGAUCCACGCGUCCUUGACCACAUCUGCAUCUCGCAUGUCCUUCAAGCUCCCGCCGGCGUCCUAGUCUUACUCGACACCUGGACUGGACGCCGCUAUGCUCUGUGAGUGGACACCCGGUCCAUUCGGGCUCAGAUCAGUUGAUCGCUUCCUCUAUUAGCUACAAGCCGUUGCCUGGACAGACUGCUCGUUCGUUCUUUCCGCCGCAAUCCAUCUCUUCUUCCGUGCUGUGUGCGGCUGCACUGGUGCGCACUGAUCGCUGCACGUACACCUAGCAAAUGGCCGGGUGGAGAAAGGCGUGGAUGUCGGUGCUGGACCGGGCCGGCGGCGGUGGCAGCACCGUCUCCCUGCAGGGCCGCCUCCACCUCCCGUCCAUCCUCGCCAGCUACAAGCGGGGCGGUAAUAAGUACGGUAACGGCCACGUCAGCGGCAAGGCGGUGGCGGCCUGCUUCUCGGUCGCGGUCGCGCUCGCCUUCUUCUACGCCUCGGUCACCGGCGGGCCCGCCGCCGCCGGCUUCUCCUCCUCCUCCUACGCGCUUCUCUUGCCGUGGCUGUCGUCGAACUCGUCGUCGACGUCACCGAAGAAAUCGCCUCCAACACACCCUCCUCCCGUUUCUCCUGCCGUGGCUGCGGGCGGCGCUGCUGACCACCCGACAGACGCGCGCAACGCGACCGCGGUGUCGCGUCGCGUGCCGAGCGGCGGCGCGGUGGGGGGCUCGUCGGGUUCGGAGGUCGGCUUGGGGCGAGCGUCAUCGGCGCCCCGGCGAACGGGCAGCGCGCAGGGUCGUCUCCCCCUGCAGGACGCCGGGAACGCCACCGUGGGUUCCGACGCCAAACCCACCAGUAACAGUAACCGAACAAGAGAAGAUGGACCCCAAGUAGAAACCGCGAUGCGGAUGCAGCAGUGGCAAAAGGCAGACGGAGCCAGUCGCGCUUCCCACGACGCCGCCGUCGUCGUCGGUGAUGGCGGUCAGCGAGCGGCGAACACUACGGACAUCGCCACCGGCAACUCCACAUACACAGGGACUUCGAGCAGAGAAGAAACAGACAAAGACAGCGCCGUUGGCUACGUCCAGAACCUGCCACGGCGAGUGGCUUUGCCAUCACGACCGGAGCGGAAGGCGGAAAGACACAGGCGCAGGAGAGCCGUGAGGCACAGGCACCCGAGGCGACGGAAGGAGACCCUGGUCUCGGCGCAAGAUCUCGCUGCCGAGCGCAGCGACGACGAGAUGGCUGGCGUCAAAACCAGCUUGGCCGUCGGGCCAGGGAACGACAUGGCCGCAGGUGCGAACGCCAGCAUGGGCGCUGUCGGGGCCGGCAACAACCGUGUCGUGUGGACGUCCGGCGUGCAAGACCUGGUUUCCUUCGCCAAGUGCGACGUGUUCAGCGGCCGGUGGGUGAGGGACGAGAGCUACGGGUUCUACCCGCCCAAGUCGUGCAAACUCAUCGACGACGACUUCAACUGCCACAAGAACGGCCGGUCGGACAGUGACUUCCUCAGGUGGCGGUGGCAGCCUCACGGCUGUGACAUUCCCAGGCUGAACGCGACUGAAUUCCUGGAGAGGCUGAGAGGGCAGAGGAUCAUAUUCGUCGGCGACUCGCUGAACCGGAACAUGUGGGAGUCGCUGGUCUGCAUCCUCCGCCAUGGCGUCAGGGACAGGAGGAGCGUGUACGAGGCAUCGGGGAAGAACCAGUUCAAGACCAGAGGAUACUACUCCUUCGUAUUCAGGGACUACAAUUGCUCGGUUGAUUUCAUAAGAUCAAUAUUCCUCGUCAGGGAGACGAUCCGUGAGGGCAGAAACGGCACUGAAGACGCGAAGCUGAAACUGGAUGAGCUAGACGCGACGACCCCAGCAUACCAGACCGCGGACAUCGUCGUCUUCAACACCGGCCACUGGUGGACUCACUACAAAACAUCAAGAGGGCUGAACUACUACCAAGAGGGCAACCAUGUGUAUCCCAGCCUCGAUGUUCUGGACGCGUACAGGAGAGCCCUCGUCACCUGGGCUAGAUGGGUGGACAAGAACAUCGAUCCGAGGAGGACUCAGGUCGUGUUCAGAGGAUACUCACUCUCGCAUUUCAGAGGAGGGCAGUGGAACUCAGGAGGGAGAUGCCACGGGGAGACCGAGCCAAUAUUCAACCAGACGUACCUUACUGAGUACCCUGAGAAGAUGGUUGUCUUGGAGCAGGUCUUGAGGCAGAUGAAAACUCCCGUCAUAUACCUCAACAUCAGCACGCUCACCGACUACCGGAAAGAUGGCCAUCCGUCAGUCUACCGGAUACGUUGUGAUACGGAGGAGGAACGGAUGGCGAUGGUGAAGAAGCAGGACUGCAGCCACUGGUGCUUGCCUGGCGUGCCAGAUACGUGGAAUGAACUGCUGUAUGCUUCGCUGCUGCAGGCAGGCAAGGGCUCCUGGAAAUUAUGAGAGGAUGGUUACAUUACAGCAUCAGCUAUUCGUGUGCCAAAGCAGAGACAUCGAUGAUUCAUGAAGUUCUCAUCUGUAGUUUUAAUUGGAUUUAAUUGCAAAUCCAGUGUUUUCUGUAGCCCCUUUCCUAACACAAAAUAAUUAGCACAAGGAUAACAUUUUUGAUUCACCCCGGUAGUUCGUGUACUGAUGUAUAUAUGAGACCUCAAUAACAGAUGUAACAUGCCAAAUGGAUACUGCAAGUUGGGAACCCACACUGCAGGAUUAUCUUCA